AUGGAGAAGAAAGACAUGAAAAUAAAUAACAGGUGGAAGUUGCAGGAUAAGUUGCUUCUUCCUUACAAAGCUCAAUCGGAAGAGCAGAUGGAGAGAGCAGAAACUUCAGCCUCCCUUUUCCAGGGACUCAGUUGCUCUGCGUGUGGGGGGACGUUGGUCUGCAAUGAUGACUACCUGGGGGAGGGAAAAUCCUUCAAGGAGACGGGCUCCCUUCCUCCAACCCCGGAGCUUGCAGCCUUUUUCAAAAAACUUGGCUGGUGGGAGGGCGGCCCCCGGCACCAGGGCCGCUCCGUGCACCGGGCCCACGGCACCGGGCCCCACUGGGACCCCAAGGCCUCCGCCGGCUUCCCCAGCCGCCGCCACAUACACCACCCCCCCCCCCCCCCCCCCGGACCACCUGGGCUCCUGCUUCUACCCCCAGCUCGGGCCCUACAGCUCCAGGGACCCCCGAGGCCUGGAGGAACACAUGACUCGGCUCAAGGCGGCCGCCAUCGGUACGGGGCCCACGGAGCCACGUACAGAUACAAGAGUGCCACGGGACGGAGCCUGCCCCUCUUCUACAUCUACGACUCUUACCUGCCCCCUCCGGAAGCCUGGGCCCACCUGUUGACGCCCUGGGGCUCCCACUCGGUCCGCCGCACCCCCUACGACGGCGUGUUCAUCGCCCUGCUGGUGGAGGAGGCCCACAAGCGCGACAUCCUGACGGCCGGCUUCGACGGCAUGUACACGUACUUCGCCUCCAACGGCUUCUCCUUCGGCUCGUCCCACCGGCACUGGCAGGCGGUGAAGGGCUUCUGCGACGCCCACAACCUGCUGUUCAUCCCCAGCGUGGGGCCGGGCUACGCGGACACCGGCGUCCGGCCCUGGGACAGCCACGGCACCCGCAACCGCGUCAACGGCGAGUGCUACGAGACGGCCCCGCAGGCCGCCCUGACCGUCCGGCUGGAGAUCGUCUCCAUCACCUCCUUCAACGAGUGGCACGAGGGCACCCAGAUCGAGACGGCCGUGCCCAAGAAGACCGUGACCCGCCUCUACCUGGAUUACCUGCCCCACCGACCCAACCUCUACCUGCAGCUGACGCGCCGCUGGGCCGAGCGCUUCGACGAGGAGAAGGAGCGGUGGCUCGUGUGACCACCCUCCGGCCCCGGCCCGACACCCUCCUGCUCCGGGAGGGCCGGCGGUGGAGGUGAAACCGGCGGGGAGGCCGGUCACAGGCGGGGGGAGGGCCUGAGGGAAACUGAGGCAGCGACCCAGUGCCGCGGUAUCGGGGUGGGGAGAAAAAACGAAGCAAAAAAAAAAAAAUCCUUUCUAGACUUGAACUCUGUAGCUGAAUGCUGGAUUUGGUGUCUGUGG